AGUCGAGGUUACUGCUGCCGCCUGCCGGCCGCACCGCACGAGCUCUGUUAGUGAGGAGACCGUGUGAACGUGGUAGCGCCUAUUCAUUGAGCGUACAGGCACAAAAAUGUCGGGGAAGAGUUUUCGAGUUAGCGACGGCGACUGGAUAUGUCCAGAUAAAAAGUGUGGAAAUGUGAACUUUGCAAGAAGAACAAGUUGCAACAGAUGUGGCAGAGACAAGACCACAGAGGCAAAGAUGAUGAAAGCAGGAGGAACAGAAAUUGGGAAAACCUUUGCUGAGAAGAGCAGAGGCCUCUUCAGUGCAAAUGAUUGGCAAUGCAAAACAUGUGGUAACGUGAAUUGGGCUAGACGAUCAGAGUGCAACAUGUGCAACACUCCAAAAUAUGCCAAGCUUGAAGAAAGAACAGGUUAUGGUGGAGGUUUCAAUGAAAGGGAGAAUGUAGAAUAUAUUGAACGUGACGAAUCUGAUGGUGAAUAUGACGAGUUUGGUAGGAAAAAGAAAAAGUUUAGAGGGAAUAGCAGCAGCACAAGUUCCUCAAAAGAAACCGAAAAGAAAACCGUGUCAAAAGAAGACGAGGACGAGGAGGAAGACGAAGAAGAAGGCGACUUGUCAAAAUACAAAUUGGAUGAUGACGAUGAGGAAGAUGAUGGUGAUCUGUCCAAAUAUGACUUGAAUGCUAGUGAUGAGGAAGAAAAGCCAGCCAAGAAAAAAGGCAGUCGCUCCGGUUCAUCCCGCUCCUCCUCUCGCUCGUCCAGCUCCAGCUCUCGGUCCAGGUCCAGGUCCCGCUCUAGAAGUUCUUCCAGUUCCAGAUCUGGAUCUCGCUCAAGGUCUCGCUCCAGAUCCAGCUCCAGGUCUGGAAAGGGCUCCUCACCCCAGAAGAAGUCCCCCUCCCCCUCCUCCUCACCCGAGAGGGGGCAGAAGCGCAGUCGCUCCAGGUCUUCGUCUGGAGAGAGAAAGCGGAGGCGUUCUAGAUCGCGUUCGUCCGAAAGGUGCCGUGGCCAUUCGUCUGGAUCGUCCCACUCUGGCUCCAGUUCAAAAAAGAAAUAAGUUUCUUACAACCUCUAGACCAUAAAGGAAUUUUAGUGGAAGUGCAUGAUGUGUUGUGAAGAAAACAAGCACAUCUCUUCAAUAUUCUGGUCGUUGUCAAAGUCUCCAAAAUUUUCCUUCCUUCAAAACGACAGGCACCAUGACAUCACCCUGUCAUCACCUUCAUACUACCUUUUUAAAACUACAUGCGUCCCAAGUGUUUGAAACCAUAAGUGUCCAAUAAACAAAGUGUUUGAGCUUACAAAAAAA